CCCCGUCAUCAUCAUCUUCCCCUACUCCAAAAUCUUCAUUUUCUCUCACUCUCUCCAUAGCUCUCUCUAUCUCUCUAUCUCUCUUUCUCUCUCUUCCUUCUCCCAUGACAUGAUUGAAAUCCAGAACUACUCCAGCUGAAAUAUAAUUGUGAUCAAAAAAACCUUUUGGUUGGUUGGUUGUUCCAUUUUUCUUCAUGAAAAGUGACACACCCAAAACUUGUUUCAAUCAGUUCCACCACCACCACCAGCAGCACCACCCCAGAUCUUAGAUCUUUAGCACAAUAAACGCAUAUAUAUCCUCUUAUCAACUCCAAUCAUCUCCCUACUCUUUCUAUUUUUAGUUCUUUCCUAAACUACUAGCUUGGCCCUAUAAACCUACCUCCCAGAAAACUAGAAAAACAAAACCAAAUCCUCUUUACUAUUACUACUACAACUUCGAGAUCCAAGAAAAAAACAGAUGGAUUCACUUCACGAAUUCGACCCCUCAAACGAAGACAGCGCGAGCAUCAACUUCAGCACCAACACCAUCAUCACAAACACCAACAACAGUACACACAAUCCAAACAAUAUCUCAGUUGCUGCUGCCGCCACCAUGGCAUCCUCCUCGUCAUCCUCGCCGUCCUCCACUCUCAGCCGCUACGAGAACCAGAAGCGCCGCGACUGGAACACCUUCGGACAGUACCUCCGGAACCACCGACCGCCGCUGUCUCUCUCCCGCUGCAGCGGGGCCCACGUGCUCGAAUUCCUCAGGUACUUAGACCAGUUCGGUAAGACCAAGGUCCACACCCAGCUCUGCCCCUUCUUCGGGCAUCCCAACCCGCCCGCCCCCUGCCCCUGCCCGCUCCGCCAAGCCUGGGGGUCCCUCGACGCCCUCAUCGGCCGCCUCCGCGCCGCCUUCGAAGAGCACGGAGGGAAGCCGGAGGCCAACCCAUUCGGAGCCCGAGCCGUGCGGCUGUAUCUACGUGAGGUUCGUGAUUCGCAGUCCAAGGCAAGAGGGAUUAGUUACGAGAAGAAGAAGCGCAAGCGCCCCCCGCAGCCGCCGCCCGCAUUGCCACCUCCUCCAAAUGCGAGCCAGUAAGAUCAAAAAAAUAAAAUAAUUCCUGCAUGAGACCACAUGUUGGUGGGAAAUAAUUUCAACUACUUUCUAAUCUUUCAUUGCUGCACACCUAUGUAGUACGUACGAGUUUUUCUUUCUUUUUUAUGUUGCCUCAAAAUUGAACUCUUUAAUGAUUCUGUGAUGCAAACAGUAGUAGUUGUAGAAGUAGUAGUAGAAGUAGAAGUCCAAGUAUGUACUAGUUCUAGUUUUAAGGUCCCUGUGACUUAACAUCCAAUUUGUCAUAGAUAUAUGUACUUGAAAGGUCGUCUAUGACAAGUAAUAGAUUUGCGGAUCAUGUUGUAUGUCUU